AAUAAAGCCUACUUAGAGCUUACAUUUCUAGGACGUUUGAUAAGCAUACAUGUAUUAUUGGGUGUGCUUGUUCAAAUUUAAAUACAAAACUAAAUAUUGUAAAGCCUCCUGGUUGACAACGAACCGUCUCUCGGUAGCAACGAGUCUGUUAGAAGCCGUGAUUACUCUCUAGGGAGGGAAUGACAAUAGUCUGUCUCCGUAGAAACUACAAAACAUUCAGCGAAGUGGCGCAAUGGACGAAGAUCAAUCCGAAGAGACUACAUUUGUUGUGGACGAAAUUACCACUAUUAUCAAAGAGACUGUUGAAACCACCAAUGGAAACAAUUCAUACCAACACGAAAAGAUUAAUCAGUGGAUGUCAAGCAUUGCAGAAAUAAGUCUGAGUCAGCUAACUAAAUUAGGAAAACCUUUCAAGUACAUAGUGACAUGCAUCAUAUUGCAAAAAAAUGGGGCAGGUUUACACACUGCCAGCUCGUGUUUCUGGGACAACACUACAGAUGGGAGCUGCACAGUACGAUGGGAAAAUAAAACCAUCUACUGCAUAGUUAGUGUCUUUGGGCUUGCCAUUUGAGGAUGAAUAUAAUCAUGUAGGCUCAUGUCCAGGUCAAAGGAUUCCAAACAUUUUUCUUUGCAAUGCUGUACCUGUUAGAUUCGUUUCACAAAUAAAUUUGAUUUGCAAUUUUAA